CCUUUCACCUACACUUAACAUCCGAAAGAAAAACGAAAUGAAUAGGAGUUGGUGGAACCUGGCAUUCUAUUACAAUGGAAUAGAAAGUGGUUAAAAAAUUGAGAUGGAAAUACAAAGUUAGUUGGGGGCUGGUGGGGCCAUUCCGUUACGACUCCAAAAUCCUAAUCCAAACCAAACGAAUGCGUUGUGUGAUUGAGAGUUGAGGCGGUGAAGAUGAGUGGAGGUUCGUUGAGUGGGCUGCGAGAGCAUCUGAAGUUGGCAAGAGAAUACGCUGUGGAAGGACUGUACGACACUUCUAUCAUCUUCUUCGACGGCGCUGUUGCUCAGAUCAACAAGCACCUAAACAGAGUGGAAGACCCUCUAAUUCGUGCUAAAUGGAUGAACGUGAAGAAAGCACUGUGUGAGGAAACGCAAGUGGUGAAACAGCUCCACGAAGAGAGAAGGGCGUUUAAGGAAACUCGCCAUGCUUCCCAAUCCCAAUGUUCUUCCUCCUUCGUUUUUCAACCGUUGGAUGAGUAUCCCACUCCCACUAACUACGAUCCUGAUGUGUGGAGGCCACCCAGUCCCACUCAAGAUGCUAGAAGGCCCGCCAGGCCCACUACUCGCAAGGAUGGGGCUUGGGCCCGAGGUUCCUCGAGACCCGCCACUGCAACUAGUCGUGGCGCCAAGCCCAGGCCUAACUCUGGGCCCCGACCACCCACCACCGGAAAGAAAGGGAAGUCGAGCAAGGCGGAUUCAGUUAGUGGCGAAGAAGGGAAGUCAAAGAAGACGCAAUAUGAAGGUCCUGAUCCAGACUUAGCAGAAAUGCUUGAGAGGGAUGUGUUAGAAACGUCUCCUGGUGUUAGAUGGGAUGACGUUGCUGGCCUCACCGAAGCCAAACGACUUCUAGAAGAAGCUGUUGUGCUUCCCUUAUGGAUGCCUGAAUAUUUCCAGGGGAUUAGGAGACCGUGGAAAGGUGUUCUGAUGUUUGGUCCUCCGGGAACUGGGAAGACGCUUCUGGCUAAAGCAGUUGCUACUGAAUGUGGUACCACUUUCUUCAAUGUUUCUUCAGCUACUUUGGCUUCUAAAUGGCGCGGAGAGAGCGAGCGUAUGGUUCGCUGUUUGUUUGAUCUUGCAAGGGCGUAUGCACCUAGUACUAUUUUCAUUGAUGAAAUUGAUUCUCUUUGCAAUGCUAGGGGGGCUUCUGGGGAACAUGAAUCAUCCAGAAGGGUGAAGUCUGAACUUCUAGUUCAGGUUGAUGGUGUAAAUAAUAGUUCCACAAAUGAAGACGGUACCCGUAAAAUAGUAAUGGUUUUGGCAGCCACGAACUUCCCAUGGGACAUUGAUGAGGCACUCAGGAGAAGGCUGGAAAAACGUAUAUAUAUUCCUCUGCCCAAUUUUGAGAGCCGUAAAGAGCUGAUCCGUAUCAAUUUGAAGACUGUUGAGGUGGCCCCUGAUGUGAAUAUAGAUGAAGUGGCUCGCAGGACAGAGGGGUAUAGUGGAGAUGACUUGACAAAUGUCUGUCGUGAUGCUUCCCUCAAUGGUAUGAGGCGUAAGAUUGCGGGAAAGACGCGUGAUGAGAUCAAGAACAUGUCAAAGGACGAAAUUUCCAAGGAUCCUGUUGCAAUGUGUGAUUUUGAAGAAGCUUUGAAGAAAGUCCAACGAAGUGUUUCUCAGGCUGACAUUGAACGCCAUGAGAAGUGGUUUGCUGAAUUUGGAUCAGCAUAAAGACUCUGGCGUACAAUGGCAUUCUUUUUAACUACUACAGAUGAAAUGCCUCUAUUUGUUUUUUCCGUAUUCUCUUUCAAAGGGUAAAAAGAACUGAUGGGUGUUGAUUGCAUUUUUAGGUGUUGGAGGUGUCUUCAAUUGUUUAUUUUGUAUACGUAUCACUAUGAUUUAUGAAAAUAUAAUAUGAUAUGUUAUCAAAAUCAUUUAGGAGUUGGAAAAAAAUUAAGGCUUUUCCUUUGGCAUGAUGCUCCUCCAAGAAAUUGCAUGAGAAUUGGUAGGGGCCUAGCAGAAGGUGUGGUGGUGCUGCUGAUGAGGACGUUUUCCAUCAUUGUAUUGGGGAUUUGAAAUCAUGGUUUUUACAACCUUCCAGAGGAGGGUCAGCUGUUUUUCACGAUCAAAUGAUGAAGUGAUUACAUACUAUAAUAGUUUUAAUUUAAAGAUGGUUGCAUCAUUCGAAUUCAAAAUAAGGAAAUUUCAACUUUGCUGAUGAGCAGCAGUUUCAAAUUAUGGGUGUGUUUG